AUGCAUCAGCCGUUAGGUUUCAAAGACGAAACCAAACCAGAUCAUGUCUGCUUGUUACACAAGGCGCUCUACGGCCUUAAACAAGCCCCGCGCGCAUGGUAUCAGCGUUUUGCUACUUUCGCUACACGAGUGGGCUUCAAACAGAGUAACUGCGACUCCUCUCUCUUCGUUCACCACAACCGCUCCGACAUCGCAUAUCUCUUACUCUAUGUCGACGAUAUUCUCCUCACUGCUUCCUCUUCAGCUCUUCGCGACUCCAUCAUUGCAUCUCUCAACGUAGAAUUCACCAUGACUGAUCUCAGACAGCUUCAUUAUUUUCUUGGCAUCACGAUCAAAUACAACAAAGCGAAUCUAUUUCUACAACAAAAGACAUAUGCCAUGGAGAUUCUACAGAGAGCAAACAUGUCGGAAUGCAACUCUUGCACCACUCCAGCGGAUGCUCGAGGUAAACUCUCCGACGAAGGAAGCCCGCCGAUGUCAGAUCCCACGCUCUAUCGAAGUCUCGCCGGUGCCCUCCAAUACCUUACUUUCACUAGAUCGGAUAUCGCCUUCGCUGUUCAACAUGUGAGCCUCUUUAUGUAUGCACCUUUGGAUUCUCAUUACAAUGCUUUAAAGCGCAUAUUGCGCUACAUCAAAGGGACACUGGACCACGGUCUGCAGCUCACGCCCAACACUUCUCACACGCUCACCGCCUACUCAGACGCUGAUUGGCCAGGAUGCCCAAACACGAGACAGUCAACCUCAGGCUACUGCAUCUUCCAUGGAGACAACCUCAUCUCCUGGUCUUCUAAACGCCAGCAAACCGUCUCACGUUCAAGCGCAGAGGCAGAAUACCGUGGUGUUGCCAAUGACGUCUCUGAAGUUACGUGGAUCAGAAACUUGAUGCUCGAGCUAUACUGUCCAUUGCGAACCGCAACAAUAGUCUACUGCGACAAUGUUAGUGCCGUCUAUCUCUCAACCAAUCCAGUUCAACAUCAACGUAUGAAGCACGUCGAAAUAGACACUCACUUUGUUCGCAAACGCAUCGCCAUUGGUCACGUUCGAGUGAUACACGUACCUUCAAGCCAAUAUGCGGAUAUUUUCACCAAAGGUCUACACUCACCUCUCUUCUUGGACUUCAAAUCCAGUCUUCGCGUCUCCAAAGACCCGACUUCGACUGCGGGGGAGUGA